AUGGCAUCUCUGUCCAGCCAGCCUUCAAAGAAGGCCAUUCGUAGCACCGGAGGAGGGUCUACUAACUCAGCGGCGAGUCGGAGUUCAAGCGGGCAAACCGUGAAAUUCGCACGACGAACAUCGAGCGGGCGGUACGUUAGCCUUUCAAGAGAAGACCUUGACAUGUCCGGAGAGCUAUCAGGGGACUACAUGAACUACACGGUUCACAUUCCUCCAACGCCUGAUAAUCAGCCAAUGGACUCGUCCGUGGCCGUCAAGGCCGAAGAGCAAUACGUUUCGAAUUCGCUCUUCACCGGGGGAUUCAACAGCGUAACACGAGCACAUCUUAUGGACAAAGUGAUUGAUUCCGACGUCAGUCAUCCGCAGAUGGCUGGAGCCAAAGGGUCCGCUUGUUCAAUGCCUGCUUGUGAUGGAAAGGUCAUGAAGGAUGAGAGAGGCGUCGACGUAACCCCUUGUGCUUGCAGGUUCACCAUAUGCAGGGAUUGUUACCUAGAUGCCCAAAAGGAGACUGGUCUCUGUCCUGGUUGCAAGGAACCAUAUAGAGUAGGAGAUUAUGAUGAAGAUGGGCAAGACUAUUCGAGCGGAAAACUGCAGUUGCCAGCCCCAGAUAGCUCGAAAAGAGACCGAAAUAACAUGUCUAUGAUGAAAAGGAACCAAACCGGAGAAUUUGAUCACAAUAGGUGGUUGUUUGAGACCCAAGGCACGUACGGCAUUGGAAAUGCUUAUUGGCCUCAUGACAAUAUGUAUGGCGAUGAUGAAGAUGAUGGUUUUCGUGGAGGCAUGUUGGAAUCAACUGAUAAGCCUUGGAAGCCUCUAAGCCGGAAAACACCAAUCCCAGCAGCUAUCAUUAGCCCUUACAGGUUGUUGGUUGCUGUUCGGUUUGUGGCGUUAUGUUUCUUCUUGCAUUGGAGAGUUGUACAUCCAAAUGAAGAUGCAGUGUGGUUGUGGCUCAUGUCAGUGGUGUGUGAGUUAUGGUUUGCUUUUUCUUGGCUACUUGACCAAAUUCCUAAGCUCCACCCUGUAAAUCGCUCCACAGAUCUUGAGGUUCUCCGCGAUAAAUUUGAUAUGCCAUCUCCGUCCAAUCCCACUGGCCACUCUGAUUUACCAGGUGUUGAUCUUUUUGUGUCCACCGCCGAUCCAGAGAAAGAGCCACCUCUUGUCACUGCCAACACUAUACUCUCAAUUCUAGCCGUCGAUUAUCCGGUGGAAAAGUUAGCGUGUUAUGUCUCUGAUGAUGGUGGUGCCCUUCUUACUUUUGAGGCAAUGGCUGAAGCUGCAAGCUUUGCGGAUUUAUGGGUUCCAUUUUGUCGAAAGCAUAACAUUGAACCAAGGAAUCCUGAAAGCUACUUCAGCUUAAAAGUCGACCCGACAAAGAACAAAAGUAGACCAGACUUUGUGAAAGAUAGGAGGAAGAUCAAAAGGGAGUAUGAUGAGUUUAAAGUUAGGAUCAAUGGGCUUCCGGACUCAAUUAGGAGAAGGUCAGAUGCUUUCAACGCAAGGGAAGAUAUGAAAAUGUUAAAGCAUUUGAAGGAGAGUGGAACAGAUCCUUUGGAUGCACCAAAGGUCCCAAAGGCAACAUGGAUGGCUGAUGGCACUCAUUGGCCCGGUACUUGGGCCGUCCCUGCUAGUGAGCAUGCCAAGGGUGACCACGCAGGAAUUCUUCAGGUGAUGUUGAAGCAUCCUAGUAGUGAUCCACUAAUGGGAGGUGCAGAUGAUAAGAUCAUGGACUUUACUGAUGUUGAUAUACGCUUGCCAAUGUUUGUGUAUGUAUCUCGUGAAAAGCGACCGGGCUACGAUCACAAUAAAAAAGCGGGUGCCAUGAAUGCAUUGGUACGGGCAUCGGCUAUUUUGUCGAAUGGCCCCUUCAUUCUCAACCUUGACUGUGACCACUACAUCUACAACUGCAAAGCCAUUCGAGAAGGAAUGUGCUUCAUGAUGGACCGGGGUGGAGAAAACAUUUGCUACAUUCAAUUCCCCCAAAGAUUUGAAGGCAUUGAUCCCUCCGAUCGUUAUGCUAAUCACAAUACUGUCUUCUUUGAUGGAAACAUGCGUGCCCUUGAUGGUGUUCAGGGCCCAGUUUACGUGGGGACUGGAUGCAUGUUUAGGCGAUUUGCUCUCUACGGUUUCGACCCCCCACAACCGGACAAGAUGGUUCAAAAACAAGACCCCAAGACACAUCCCUUGACACCAAGCGACUUCGACCCCGAGCUUGAUAUGCAUCUACUACCCAAACGUUUCGGAAAUUCCACAAUGCUGGCAGAAUCCAUACCCAUAUCAGAGUUCCAAGGCCGCCCCCUCGCCGACCAUCCUGCAGUCAGAUAUGGCCGGCCCCCGGGCGCCUUGCGUGUUCCUCGUGAACCGCUUGAUGCCACCAGUGUCGCAGAAGCCGUAUCAGUCAUUUCAUGUUGGUAUGAGGACAAAACUGAAUGGGGAGAUCGAGUGGGCUGGAUUUACGGCUCCGUCACGGAGGACGUCGUCACCGGCUACCGAAUGCACAACAGGGGAUGGCACUCGGUCUACUGCAUCACAAAACGCGACGCCUUUCGCGGCUCAGCUCCGAUCAACCUCACCGACCGUCUCCACCAAGUUCUCCGAUGGGCGACAGGCUCCGUCGAGAUUUUCUUCUCGAGAAACAACGCUUUCUUGGCAUCCAAACGCCUCAAGUUCCUCCAACGCCUGGCCUACCUCAACGUCGGAAUCUACCCUUUCACUUCCGUCUUCCUCAUCGUCUAUUGCUUCCUCCCGGCGCUCUCCCUCUUAUCCGGCCACUUCAUCGUCCAAACCCUAAACGUCUCCUUCCUCAUCUACCUCCUCAUCAUCACGAUCUGUCUAAUCGGACUCGCGAUCUUGGAGGUGAAAUGGUCAGGCGUCGGACUAGAAGAAUGGUGGAGGAACGAACAGUUCUGGCUCAUCUCAGGAACAAGCGCUCACUUGGCCGCCGUCGUCCAAGGCCUUCUGAAAGUCAUCGCCGGAAUCGAAAUCUCCUUCACUUUGACCUCAAAAUCCGCCGGAGAAGACAACGACGACAUCUACGCCGACUUGUACCUGGUGAAGUGGACCUCACUGAUGAUUCCACCGAUCGUGAUCGCGAUGGUGAACAUAAUCGCCAUUGUUGUGGCAUUCUCAAGGACGAUCUAUAGUACGGUGCCGAAGUGGAGCAAGUUUGUGGGCGGGGCGUUCUUUAGCUUCUGGGUUUUGGCUCAUUUGUACCCGUUUGCGAAGGGAUUGAUGGGGCGGCGAAGAAAGACGCCGACAGUUGUGUUUGUUUGGUCAGGGCUUAUUGCAAUCACGCUUUCUUUGCUUUGGAUGGCCAUUGACCCGCCUCAGGGAGGGGCCGCGGAUGGCGGCGGUGGCGGAGGAUUCCAAUUUCCGUGAUUGAAAAUAGAAUGGAACGAGUGGUUGCAUGGAUAGUUUAACGAUAAUUCAUUAAUUCUACGUCUAAUUCAACUAUAAAGUAUAGAGUUUGAAUCCUCUGACUCUGACCAAGUUCAAAAAGAAGUGAAAUUAGAAUGUUAUUGAUGGGUUUGAGAAAAGGGAAACCAUUGCGGUGAAUUGGGGAGAGCAAUGCAUCUGGCGUAACGUUUUUAUUGUUGUUAUGUUUUGAGGGAUUUACCAAAUUUAGGAUGCUACACAAUCUAGGC